GAGAGCACUAAAGAGGAGGCAGCCCUGUUUGGAUCCAACCUUUAGUUUUCUCUCUAUAUAUAAAUACUAUAUAUAUUACAUAUAUUUGUUUAGUGAGUAGGAACAAAAUGCUCUGGAUUUUGCCGCUUGUGGUUGCGUUAACCCAACGCCACAUCACUGUAUCUGGACAAAGAGAUGGGGAGAUCAUCAACCAGAUCAAGGGGACCAAUCAGGCGCUGGCUGACAUCAAAGAGCUCCUCAAGCAACAGAUCCAAGAGAUCGUCUUCCUGAAGAACACCGUCAUGGAGUGUGAGGCGUGCGCAAUGCGUGGGGUCAUUGAGCCCCCAAAAGCCACGUGUGACCCCAACCCGUGCCACCCGGGCGUGAAGUGUACCGAGACAGCGGACGGAAUCUCAUGUGGACCCUGCCCAGACGGCAUGCUGGGUAAUGGAACACACUGCACCGAUAUCGACGAGUGUAAGGUGAUCCCGUGCGCCAUGGGGGUGCGCUGUGUCAACACGGCGCCCGGGUUCCGCUGUGGGCCCUGUCUGGCCGGCUACAUGGGCCCCCAGGUGCAGGGCGUGGGACUGGACUACGCCCGCAGAAACAAACAGAUCUGCAGAGACAUCAACGAGUGUGAGAUCAACAACGGCGACUGCGUGCAGAAUGCCAACUGCAUCAACACACCUGGCUCGUACAGGUGUACGUGCAAGCCCGGCUUCACAGGUGACCAGCUGAGCGGCUGCAAGGCGGAUCGGGGGUGUGGCGAGGGCCAGGUCAGCCCCUGCCACGCCCACGCCGACUGCAUCACCAACCAGGACGGCACCAUAGAGUGUGUGUGCCAUGUGGGAUGGGCAGGCAAUGGCUACUACUGUGCUCCUGAUGUGGACAUCGACGGCCUACCGGACCACCAGCUCAACUGCCCGGAGACAAACUGCCAAAAGGACAACUGCCUGACGGUGCCCAACUCCGGACAGGAGGACGCGGAUAAAGACGGCAUCGGAGACGCCUGUGAUGACGACGCGGACGGGGACGGCAUCUUAAAUGUGGAGGACAACUGUGUGCUCGUGCCCAACGUCAACCAGCGGAAUGUGGACGAUGACGAUUUCGGGGACGCGUGUGACAACUGCCGCACAGUGAAGAACGACCAGAGAGAUACGGACAGCGAUGGCAAGGGAGACGAGUGUGACGAUGACAUCGAUGGAGACGGCAUCAGGAACGAGCAGGACAACUGCAAGAAGAAGCACAACGUGGACCAGAAGGACAGGGACAGGGACGGAGUUGGGGACGCCUGCGACAGCUGCCCCUACGUCCCCAACCCAGACCAGCGUGACACAGAUGACGACCUUAUUGGAGACCCUUGUGACACCAAUAAGGACAGUGACGGUGAUGGCCAUCAGGACACGAGGGACAACUGCCCGUCCGUCAUCAACAGCUCUCAGCUGGACACCGACAAAGACGGCCUCGGGGACGAGUGUGACGAUGACGAUGACAACGAUGGAAUCCCCGACCUCAUCCCGCCCGGCCCUGACAACUGUCGCCUGGUCCCCAACCCCCUUCAGGAGGACUCCGAUGGGGACGGCAUUGGCAACUUGUGCGAGAACGACUAUGACAACGACACCUUCGUGGACAAGUACGACGACUGCCCCGAGAACGCGGAGGUCACCCUGACGGACUUCAGGGCUUUCCAGACGGUGGUGCUGGACCCCGAGGGCGACGCCCAGAUCGACCCCAACUGGGUGGUCCUUAAUCAGGGCAGAGAGAUUGUACAGACCAUGAACAGUGAUCCAGGCCUUGCUGUCGGUUACACAGCGUUUAACGGUGUGGACUUCGAGGGCACGUUCCACGUGAACACGGUGACGGAUGACGACUACGCCGGCUUCAUCUUCGGCUACCAGGACUCCUCGAGCUUCUACGUGGUCAUGUGGAAACAGGUGGAGCAGAUCUACUGGCAGGCCAACCCCUUCCGAGCCGUGGCAGAGCCGGGCAUACAGCUCAAGGCUGUCAAGUCCACUACGGGCCCAGGAGAGAACCUGCGCAACUCUUUAUGGCACACGGGGGACACCGUAGACCAGGUGAAGCUGCUGUGGAAGGACUCCCGUAACGUGGGCUGGAAGGACAAGACCUCCUACCGCUGGUUCCUCCAGCACAGGCCUACCGAGGGCUACAUCAGAGUUCGCUUCUACGAGGGUCCUCAGAUGGUGGCGGACACAGGCAUCCUGAUAGACACGACCAUGAGGGGGGGCAGGCUGGGGGUGUUCUGCUUCUCACAGGAGAACAUCAUAUGGGCCAAUCUGCGCUACCGCUGUAAUGACACGAUACCUGAGGACUUCGAGAGAUUCCGGACGGAACACGUGCAGCUGUCGUUUUGAUGUCGGAGCGGAGUGGAGAGGCGCCUCUGUUUCCAGACCGACGGGGACGACGGGGAGUCAGGUCCUUCCUCCUCCAGGAACACAUUCCGCAUCACAGGGAACAAUAAUAUCGACCUCGCUGGAGCCACGUGGAGGUCCCGCCCAGUGCCAACUGUUCAGUCGCUCUUAUCAGCUACAGUAGUGGUGACCCAGGGCAGCGUGGCGCACAACACAACACAGUACUGUUGGGAAGGGGAAUAUCUGAAUCAUAGAAGAAUGCCGCACUGCCAUGUUUGUUAAAGCGAUGGUGUACCAUGUUUGGAAAUAAGCUCAUACUACUAUACCUCUCCUUCAGUCAAUUCAUUGAGUCGUAGCCUGCUUUUCUUCUGUACUUCCAGCCAUUCUCUGAGUAUGGCAGUGCAAAUUUGAAGGUAAAAUUUCCACUGCCAUACUCAUAAUACGAUACUCUCAAUGACUUAACUCAAGGAGAGGUGUAAUAUAAGCUCAUUUCCAAAAAUGGCAAAAUGGCAAAAAGUGUUCAAUAAGUACCCAUACAUGUCUACCUGUGACGUCGCACAGUUCUGUGUAUGCACCCUUUCAGUUCCAUUUGACCUCGACAUAUUAGUUAACAUUGAAAUGUUGAAUAAAGGACUUUACAGGUC